UUUUUUUUUUGGUGUGUAUGUAUUACUAUCAUUUGAAUCUAACUUUGUAUUCUUUGAAAUCCAAUGAACUUCCUUCCAACAUCUUUGAUACUUUACCUCCAUUUUUGAUCGAUCAAGAAACUUUAGAUCUUUUUGAUAAACAGGCUGAAGAACUUGGUCAUCCAUCUUCACAUAAACUCGUCGAUAAUUCUAUUCAAUCAGUAGACCGCCAUCAACUUUAUCCACGAAAACGACAACCAGAAAAGCUACCUAAUAGAUACCCAAAACCUAACAUUCCACCAACGCCUUCAGAUAUUACGCAAUCUCAUCUCAGUAGUACCAACAACACUGGUAGCAACUUUGGCGACUCCAUUGUUUCUAAAGCUUCCUCUAGAACUCACGAUGAUUUUCGACUUGGUCCAAUUGAUAUUGAAUGUAUCGAUAAGCGUAAUGAAUCGCACUAUCACAGCAAACAGAACAAAGGCAAUAACGGCGACAAAACCAGCAAAGGCAAUAAUAACAAUAAUGUCAAUUCUACCAAACCUUUGACAGACCAACAACAACAAGAAGAACAACAUUGCAAAAUGGGUUAUGGCAUUAUUCAUUUACUUCGUGAUGAGAAACCAGCUCCUGAUGAUCUUAUGCCUGAUAUGCUAUCGUUUAUUCCAAAUCAACAUGAUAUGGGGACUAUUACUUGUACCUUGGCUGUACCUACUUAUAUGACAACCAACGAUUUUCUAGUUUUUGUUAAACCAUUCGAUGAUACUGUUAUGCAAUAUCGCUUCAUUAGAGAUGCUGCUCCCAACAAAUAUAUGGUGUUAAUGAAAUUCAAGAAUGUCCAAUCAGCAUACCACUAUCGUCGCAAAUUCAAUGGUCGUCAGUUUCAUGGAAUGGAACCUGAAAUCUGUCAUAUUGUCUUCAUUGCAUCAGUUACCACUUGGAAUUCAACUACAUUCGAUAACAACAAUAUACCAAUAUACCCAAUGUUGAAUGAUACCCUCCAAGGCGAACGAAAUCGACAGCAAUGGAGACCUCAUACAUUAGAAUUACCGACUUGUCCUGUCUGCAUGGAACGAAUGGAUGAAAGUGUCACUGGAUUAUUGGGUAUCAUGUGUCAACAUUCUUUCGAUUGUGGUUGCCUUGGGAAAUGGGGAGAUGGAAAUUGUCAUAUAUGUCGAUUCUCAGAAAAACCUGUAUUGGAAGGUAUUGGAAGGGAAACUCCCUUAGAUAAUGAUAAGGCAGCAUCCUCCUCGGGACCAAAACGAAAUCAUCAAGGCUGGCUCUUAGCAAGACAUGCUCACGAUGAUCGACUUUGCUGCUAUGUUUGUGGAGCAACAGAAAGUUUAUGGAUAUGUAUGAUAUGUGGGCAUAUUGGAUGUGGACGUUAUCAAGAUGCACAUGCUUAUGAUCAUUAUAUGGAAACGAAUCAUCUUUAUGCUUUGGAAAUCGACACUCAAAGGGUAUGGGAUUAUGUGGGUGAUGGAUAUGUACAUCGAUUGAUUCAGAACACCGUAGAUGGUAAACUUGUGGAAUUCCCUGGCUCAACCCAACGUCAUGAUCAACACGAUAUGGACAAUAGUGACAAAUUAGAAUCAUCUGGCGUGAACGAUAAUAACGUCAACAACAACAUCGACAACAAUAAUACCAAUAAUUAUUCUAGUAACCUAUUGACAAGACCUAUUACUCGACAUAGACGGAAUGGUAAUAUUCAAGAUAGGAUCAAUACCAAACAUCAAGUUGUAGGCAGCAGUAGUAGCGGAGAUGAUGACAACAUAGGUAUAGAUGAAUGGCCCCCUCUUGGAUACACAGGACUAUCAUCGUCAACUUUGGCGAAAGGAACAACCUUGUCAACAUCAACAAAAAAGAUGGAUAAUGAUCUGGGGCAUAUGUUGCAGGAGGAAAAACUGGAGGCAAUGUCCAUGGAAUAUACAACUUUAUUGACAUCACAACUGGAAUCGCAGCGUAUUUACUAUGAAGAUCAGCUCAAUGCAUUGGUAAAACAACUCUCUACCCUGACAGCACAACAAUCACAAAUGGAGUCUCAAUGGCAACAAGAAUUGGAUCAGCGUCAAAGAAGAAUAGCGCAGCAUGAUGAAAUGAAACAAGAAUAUGAUAAUCUUAUAGCUACCAAUACAUCCUUACAAGAUAAAUGUCAACUUUUAAAGGAAAAAUAUGAAUCAGCACGAACCAUCUGGGAACAAGAAAAAAAGAUGACGAAUACCUUAUCAAGUGAUAAUGAAGCAUUGAAACAAGCAUUAUUAGACAAGAAAAUCAAGGUGAAAGAAGCUCAUGAUGAAUUACGUGACUUGACGUUUUUUGUACAAGCCAGGAACAAAGUGCAAGACAAUCCCGAUAUGGCUGGUGGGAGUGUUGGUACAAUCCAAAGAACUGAACGAUCAAGUAAUAAAAAUCGUCGUGGCAAAAAAGGGAAGAAAUAAGGGGGAGAUCCUUUUUUUUUUUGAUAUACAUUCUUCAUCAAGGUAUUCAUCAUCCUGGAGUAGCGGUAGUAGUAUUUUAUUUUAUUUUAUUUUAUAUUAUUUUUGUUUGUAGUAUAGAAUUGUCUAUUUGUAGUCAUAGCAGCCAUGGUAGUAGUUUAUCA